AUGGAUAAUAUUAAAAUGAGCUCUAUGAAUAAUAAACUACCUCCUGGAGCUGAUCCUUGUAAUCCUCUUUACUGGUAUCCAAGAGCUAUACCAGAUUUUUGUGAAUUUGAUAGUACAAUAACACCACCAAGUUCUGAAGAACCGCCAGCUGAUCUACCUCAAUCACCUCCAGUGUUAAUUCCAAUGCCACCUCCACCACUUCCAAUAUUGCCUCCACCUCUUCCUAUAUUACCUCCACCUUACCCUAUGUUACCUCCACCCAUUCCAAUAUUGCCUAUGCCUAAUUCACCAUUAAAUGGGCCACCUCCACCAAUUCCCCUAUUUCCUGCACAUCCUUCAUCUUCAAUAUCUGUAUUAUCAAAUCCAUAUUCAUACUCACAUUUAAAUCCAGUGUCAUCUCAAGAUUCAAUCUCAUACUACCCGUCUUAUCUUCGACCAUCAACAGGCUUUGUACCAGGAAUACAUGGAUUAGUGACAAAAGAUGGGGGCAUUAACAUCAUGCCUUUUUCUGAUGUCUAUGCUGAUAUGCUUCAGAAACAUAAAAACAAGAUGGUUCGAAGGAAACUCCAAAAGAUUUUAGACAAAUAUGAAUACAAUCCAUACUCAUACAAAACCUUGCAAAAAUAUGAAAGAUACUUCACUGAUGACAAAUAA